UCUUUGUUGAUCAUGAGCCAUGGCGAAGGAUUUUUAAAAAUGGGCCCAGCUCACAGCCUCCCUUUGCACCUUCCUCUGGUGAAUUUAUUUAUCUUCUUGCCUCUUCGUUGUCCUUGAUCCAGAACAGCCCGACUUUCAAGCUUUCUCCUGAGCAAUAAUCGAACAAUCUUCCAAGUUCUCACAGCUCUCGCACACCACCUCCUUCCUUCAACCCUUUCUUAUCCUAACCUGCCAUGGCACCCUCUGCCAUCUAUGGCCUGGACGAGCCCGAUGGCCGCGCUCUCGAGGCAAUUUCGGAUGCCGUUGACGAGGUCAAUGUCCUGAAAGCCCAGGCCAGCCAGAGGAAAGCGGAGCUCGAUGCCGAGUACGACGCAGAGUCGCAGUUUGACGCAGCCAAAGACAAGAGCCAGUUCCGGCAAUACGAGGCGGCGCAGGACCGGGUGCGGGACUUCUACCGCGAGCAGCACGCGAAGCAGACCGUGGCGUACAACCUCGCGGCGCGCAACCGGUUCCACAGCGCGGCGCGGGUGCGGCCCGAGCUGACAGUAUGGGAGGCGAUGGAGAAGUUGGACACGCUGAUCGACGAGUCGGACCCGGACACGUCGCUCGGCCAGAUCCAGCACCUGCUGCAGAGCGCCGAGGCGAUCCGGCGCGACGGAAAGCCGCGCUGGAUGCAGCUGACGGGGCUGAUCCACGACCUGGGCAAGCUGAUGCUCUUCUUCGACGGCGCGCAGGGCCAGUGGGACGUGGUGGGCGACACCUUCCCCGUCGGGUGCCGCUUCGACGAGCGCAACAUCUACCCGGAAGCCUUCGCCGCCAACCCGGACUCGGCCGACCCGGCCUACUCGUCCGAGCUUGGCGUCUACUCGCCCGGGUGCGGGCUCGACAAUGUCAUGAUGUCGUGGGGCCACGACGAGUACCUGUACCGCGUUGUCCGCGACCAGUCGACGCUGCCGCCAGAGGCCCUCGCCAUGAUCAGGUACCACUCCUUCUACUCCUGGCACUCUGGGGGUGCGUACACGGCGCUCAUGGAGGAGAGGGAUUGGGACAUGCUCAAGGCUGUGCGGGCGUUCAACCCGUACGACUUGUACAGUAAGAGCGAUGAUGUGCCCAGCGUGGAGGAGCUGAAGCCGUAUUACCUCGAGUUGAUUGACGAGUUCUUCCCACAGAAGAAGAUCAAGUGGUGAUGUCGGGGUUUGCAGAGGGAGUGGUGUGGUAUGAUUGGUAUUUUUCAGCGGUUGCUCAUGAUGUUUACGAACAUCUUUAGACUUUGGGGGAAAGUUGGCUUUUGAUAGAAUUUAUGCUGUUUGAUAUUUG